AUGGAGGAGCUGAGCUUGGACAUGGCGGAGGAGGCGCUGUUCCCAGAUGGGGAUUUCGCGAGAUUGGAGAGGAAGAAGCCAGCUGCUGUGUUUAAGCGGCGCGGCAAGGCCAAGGAUGGAGGCGCCGCCGAUGAGGGGAAGAGGAAGACAACGCAUACCAAGAGCUGGAUCGAUCGCUGCCUUUCUUCCAGGUUUUUGAGAGUUCCUGAGUUUUUUCAUGGAUCCCAGAGAAGGGUGGUUCCUUCGAAGCCUCCAGCCACUUUUGUUCGAGAGAAGCAAGCACAUUUUGCCGAAGUGGAUGCGUUCGAGCUCCAGGAGGAGAGUCCUUCUCCCAAAACUUUUACUCGGAGAUCAAUUUUCGAAGGCAGUACGUGCUUUCUUCCUGCGAGGGAUGGACAUUUGGAAGCUGUUCCGGAGGAGAUUUUUGCGAGUCCAGAGGAUCUUUUGAGCGCUGCCUUAAGAACACCUCCCGUCCGUGGUGUGUUGAGACCAAGGCCCAUGGACGCUCUUAUAUCGGACCUGGAAUGCUUAAGCAUUUCGAAACCAGUUGCAGAGCUUCCCACAAUGUCGAUGAUAGACAUCCUGCUACACGAGUCGGACCAGGAAAGUAUUGUCAGCCUUUCACAAGGAUUUUCAGAGUUUUGGUGGGUAUUUUCGAACUUGGUGCGUGCGUGGAAGAAGUGGGACACACAACAUAAUUCUGAAAACGAUCAGCCAUUGGCGUUUCCGGAAGAACAGCUUUAUGUUGUCUUUGUCCUUGCUGACGGAGGCACGGACUUGGAAAGCUUUGAGCUCCUCAACUAUGAGGAAGUUAAAAGCCUAUUGCUACAGGUUGUUCUCUCGCUUGCAGUUGCGGAGCAGGCAUAUGGUUUCGAGCAUCGGGACUUGCACUGGGGCAACAUUGUCUUGUCCAGGGAUCAACACGAGCAGCUUGACUUCAGAUUAGAAAACAGGCAUUUUCUAGUGAAUACGCACGGUUUAUCAGUGGCAUUGAUAGAUUUUACUUUAUCCCGCAUUGACACAGGAAAGCAAGUCGUAUUCUGUGACUUGUCAGAUCCGUCGUGGUUUGAAGGACCAAAGGGAGACGUCCAGGCUGACACGUAUAGAAGAAUGAAAGAUAUAACAGGCGGACAAUGGGAAGGCAGUUUCCCAAAGAAUAACAGCGUGUGGAUACACUACGUUGCGGAGAUCAUACGCAAAAAGAAGUCUUUCAAAUCCAGCGCCAAAGAUAAGCGUGCCUUGAGUGCUUUCUCGAAACGCUGCCUGAGCUACGAGUCCGCCACUGCGAUUGUUGACGACGAGAUCUUCCAGAAAAUGUGGAGAAAAGAGAUAUACUCGAGCCAGCAUGAAGAACAUGCAAAUCGCGAAGAAAGUGUCAACUUGCCGGGAUAAAGCCGGUAAAGAGAUAAAGUUACUUAUUAUCCGCUA